ACAAUGUUGCGUCAGCUACCCUAAAUAUAUUAACCCUGAGCGGGUGCCGUCUCCCAAAGAAAGAACGGUUUCCUCGAUGUUGGAGAGUCUCGGUUCAGCAGCCGAACAACUACAUCCUGGAAGAUUGCACACAUCCAAGAGGUUGUGAAAUUCAAGCUUUGCGGGAGGUCUGGAAGAAGAAAAAAAGAAGAGCACCGACAUCACCGACCUCCAGGUCAGUUUAAAGAGAAAUCCACAGAGCUCACUUGUGUGAAGCAUUCACCUUUAAAACAAGUUUGAAACCAUUUCAACGGAGCAAAAAGAAAAAGUAAACCUCAAGAUGACCGACGUCUGAGCGAAGAGACACCGAGGAACUUCUUCCAUCGUCGCCUCUGACAGAAGAAGAAGACAAAGAAAAAAAGAUAAAGAAGAGCCAAUAUACCCUGAAAGCGCCAGCAGCAACGACAGCAACCAUGGACUCAGGAAAGCAAAUAACGUUUCCCUUGCUGAUGAGUGUUGGAUCAGCUGUGAUCGGCUCCCUGCAGUUUGGCUACAACACAGGUGUCAUCAAUGCCCCUCAGAAGAUUAUUGAGGAUUUCAUCAACGACACGUAUGCAGAGCGCUACCAUGAGCCAAUCACCAAGAGCUCCCGCACAGCCAUCUGGUCCAUCGCUGUCGCCAUCUUUUCCGUCGGUGGCAUUUUUGGAUCCUUUUCGGUUGGACUUUUUGUCAACCGCUUUGGAAGGAGGAACUCUAUGCUCAUGGCUAACAUCCUGGCCUUUAUCGCAGCCAUCCUGAUGGGCUUUUCAAAGAUGGCGAGCUCUUGGGAAAUGCUGAUCGCUGGCCGUUUUGUGGUAGGCCUCUACUCCGGUCUCUCCACAGGCUUUGUGCCAAUGUACGUGGGUGAGGUCUCUCCAACUGCCCUACGAGGAGCCCUGGGCACCCUCCACCAGCUGGGCAUUGUUCUCGGCAUCCUCAUUGCACAGAUCUUUGGAAUGGAAUCAGUCAUGGGCAACCGUAGCUUGUGGCCACUCCUCUUGGGCUUCACCUUCAUUCCUGCAGUAAUCCAGUGCAUCCUGUUGCCACUGUGCCCCAAGAGCCCCCGUUUCCUGCUCAUCAACAAAAAUGAAGAGAGCAAGGCCAAGAGUGUGUUGAAGAAGCUCAGAGGCACCACAGACGUGAGCGCUGACAUGCAGGAGAUGAAGGAGGAGAGCCGACAAAUGAUGAGGGAGAAGAAGGUGACCAUCCUGGGGCUGUUCCGCUCGCCUCUCUACCGUCAGCCCCUCUUAAUUGCUGUCAUCCUGCAGCUCUCCCAGCAGCUGUCUGGCAUCAACGCUGUAUUCUACUACUCCACUCGUAUCUUUGAGAAAGCUGGAGUCGAGCAGCCUGUCUAUGCCACUAUUGGAGCUGGUGUAGUCAACACAGCUUUCACUGUGGUGUCGCUGUUUGUGGUAGAACGUGCAGGACGUAGGUCUCUCCACCUGCUGGGACUGCUCGGAAUGGCUGGAUCCGCUGUCCUAAUGACUAUUGCCUUGGCUCUGCUGGAACAAUAUAAAUGGAUGUCAUACUUGAGCAUCGUGGCCAUUUUCGCCUUUGUUGCGUUCUUUGAGAUCGGACCGGGACCCAUCCCCUGGUUCAUCGUGGCUGAGUUGUUCUCUCAGGGACCCAGGCCUUCAGCCAUUGCUGUAGCUGGUUUCUCCAACUGGACUGCUAACUUCAUUGUGGGAAUGGGCUUCCAGUACAUAGAGGAGCUUUGCGGUCCCUACGUGUUCAUCAUCUUCACUGUCCUAUUGCUGAUGUUCUUCAUUUUCACGUACUUCAGAGUGCCAGAGACCAAGGGCCGGACGUUUGACGAGAUCUCUGCUGGUUUCCGUCAGACAGGUGCCACCGGAGGUGAAAAGCACUCACCGGAGGAGCUUAACAGCCUGGGAGCUGAUUCUCAGCUCUGAGGUUUUUUUGAAUUUCUAACAAACUCUUUCUCAGACCCGAAGAAGGAAUGAGAAGGGUCUACUAACUUGAAGUAGACUGAUCAGUUGGUAGAAUAAUUUUCACACUGUCACCACAUUUCGGGCGUUAUUACCGAACACAAGAGCCCUGUGUGAUUAUUAUUUUUUUUUUAUUUUUUAUUUUUCCCAACAUGACGUUUUCUGCUGCCCUUCCCAUGUCAUGCAAAGAAACAUGUGGGCACUAUGUCGCCUGGUGGAUGUGGAGAGGGGAGUUGAGGAUAGAUGGGGAAGCUUUUUAAUAUUUUAAAGAUAUUUUAAAGAUAUUUUAAAGAAGGAAAAAGAGUGUGUGCAUCAGUCAACCAACCUUUUUUAAACUUUUUUUCACUGAAUAUAUUACUGAUAUGUGCUUAUGCUCUGUCCUUUUUAUCCCAUUACAGUUACUUUAUUAUGUGAAGAGCGCUGCAGGUGUAGUUCACUGUGCGGAGUACUUGUUUUUAUCAUACUGUAAAGCUGUAUCACUGUAGACUCUAUCACUGUAGAUGCUGCGCAGCUCGAAUUUAUCUCUCCCCACCAGAUGGUGCACUGCCCUUUUAAAAAAGGUCCCAAUGCUCCACUGAUAAGGAAUAAAUUAUUUUUACCUUUUUAAGUUACUGACUACACAAAUAUGUUGGUGUAUUACUGUGAGGAUGCACCUAUAAAAGUGUAAUGCUCCAAAUAAUAUGAAUUGUUGUUACAUACUUACUCAUGCUGGACAAUAUUUUUUAUUGUUAGUCAAGAUGUCAUUUUUUAUCAUCAGUUUUAUUAUCUUGCAGACAAGACAAAGAAAUGUAUUUUAACACAAUUUUUACAAUUGAUAUUAAAGAUAUUUGACAUCAGCACAGAUGACUACCAGAGCACUGAACCUGGCAGUGAAUUCUUGAAUAAAUCAUUUGCCCAUUUUACUCUGACAUAAGUAUGCACUCACAAUCAGAAGCCUCGAAAGCCAAAAAAAAUGUUUUCACAAAACCAGAACAGUUGUGAGUUAAAGUGCCCACCUAAAAAAAACUCCUUUUCCUUCAGUCUUUAGCUAUAACACUUUGGAGCAGUUUCAGGACUGAAAGCUUCUGUCAGCGGACAAUCCUCACAAAUAUUUUUGAGUUGAGAUUACCUUCCAAAGAAUCUGGUGAAUUGGCUUGAAAGCUGUCUGGAUGAUAUCUGGAUGGCUCCUCUGGGAUGACAAAGAAUCUUCCAAAAAAAAUAAAAAUAAAAAUAGUGAUGAAUUAAUAGGGACCAAAAUAAAUGUCAGCCUUAUGGAAAGUUUUCAUCAUCCUGUUAAGUACUUGUCAUCCAUCUUGGGUCAAACUCCCUGUGUUCCUUGCACUCCGUAAUAGUCAUUAUGUCUUCUUGGAGGCGGACACAUAUUGAUAUGGUACAAGGUUUUUUUGCCUUGUGUGCUGAAUUCUGCAGUAUUGUUCUUUCUCUCUGUCUCCCUCUAUUUUGGUUGUGUACUAUACUGUAUACAGUUGGUGGUGAAAGAUAUAUAGUCUGCUGUCUGUGACUGCUGUAUCACUCGUUGACCCUUUCUUCUUUUUAAAUGCCUUUCGUUUGAGGAAAAUCUUUUUAGCUGCACUUUAUUAUUCACAGUAAUGUGUCUUUGUUACUGAAACAAAAACUUUGUAUCAGUUUUGCUUUUACUCACAGUGUGGAAUCUUUGUUACGGAAGAGAGACUGAAGUACUGCUGACAGAUUACUUGAUGUUUUUUCGAAAAUGAGUGGAAUUGUAUCAUUUUUUCAUAUCUAUUAUGGCCUGAUGUUGUAUGUGUACGUGCUCCAUACAGGCCAGUUUUGAGUCAAUAUAGUAAUAUUCAUUCAUCCAAACACAGCCCAGAAGUCAAAUUCCAUUUGAAUCAUUCCAUAAUCGGUUGUCAGUUAUUGUAAAUAGUAAAUUUUUAUAGUUUUUAGUCAUUGGAUGGGUGACCCAUCCUAGAAAGCACUGUAACAUCCACUCUCUGUGCCUUUCACCUAUUAUCACCAGCGAUAUUAUCUAAUGCCUCCAAUCCUCACACAGACUGAUGUCUGUUGCAAAUAUAAAAGCUGUAUUUUAUGUACAUAGAUUCACAAUUCUGCUUGGGCAUUUAAUUUUUAAUGUAGACUUUGAAAUCGUAUGGCACAGGUCGGUGGCCUAGACACAUGAUGUAAAUAUGAAACACACUACAGUCUCACCCACUCCAAAUUUAUAAAAUAUUUAACUUUUUUCGAUAGACAAAUGAAUGAUUAGCACUGUAGUCAUGUACAUCUCUAUGCGUUUAGCGUUCGUACUUCUGUUCCCUUUUGAUCUUACAUCUGAAGAUAUCUUGUGGCCUAAUAUUACUAAAAUGAUUUGAAUUCAGAUUUUACAUGUAAGAAUUGUGUUAAUGAGACGCAGUAGUGUUUUCAUUUUAGUGCACAGAGCAUAUUCUAAUGUUUGUAAUAAAAAAAAAUACAUCUGUGUGUAUGGAUCUGUGUUGGAAUGUGAACCCUCUUUUGGGGAAAUUUAAAUUGUGAUGGAUGCUGUCCUGAAUGGCUUUUGAGUCUUGUAUAUGUGGUUUAAUGGCUGAAUAAAAGAAUUCCUACAUACAGAUCUAAA